GCGUGACGUCACGCCGUCGAGCGUGCCGACUGCCUCGCUUCCGGAGGGGGCGGGGCCAAGGGACAAGCGCUUCCGGGAGAAAGCCGGGGCCGGAGGGGACCAUGAGCUGGAUUCCGUUCAAGAUUGGGCAGCCCAAGAAACAGAUUGUACCCAAGACAGUGGAGAAAGACUUUGAAAGGGAAUAUGGGAAACUUCAGCAGCUGGAAGAUCAGACCAAGAAACUGCAGAAGGACAUGAAGAAGAGCACAGAUGCAGAUGUGGCCAUGUCGAAAUCAGCCGUGAAAAUCUCUUCAGACCUGUUGUCCAACCCGCUCUGUGAGCAAGACCCCAAUUUCCUAGCGAUGGUAACAGCCCUGGACACUGCCAUGAAGAGAAUGGACUCUUUCAACCAAGAGAAGGUGAACCAGAUCCAAAAGACGGUGAUAGAGCCCUUGAAAAAGUUCAGCAGCGUGUUCCCCAGCCUGAACAUGGCAGUGAAGAGACGUGAGCAGACUCUGCAAGACUACAAGCGGCUGCAGUCCAAGGUGGAAAAAUACGAAGAGAAGGAGAAGACCGGCCCCAUCCUUGCCAAGCUACACCAGGCCCGUGAGGAGCUGAGGCCGGUGAAGGAGGACUUUGAAGCCAAAAACAAGCAGCUUCUGGAGGAGAUGCCCAAGUUCUACAGCAGCCGCAUCGACUACUUCGAGCCCAGCUUUGAAUCACUGAUCCGUGCUCAGGUUGUGUACUACACUGAAAUGCACAAGAUCUUCAGAGACCUGACAGAGCAGAUUGAUGAGCCAGGCCUUACAGAUGAGCAGAGAGAGAAAGAGAAUGAAGCCAAGCUGAGUGAGCUGCGGGCCCUGUCCAUUGUGGCUGAUGACUGACCACCCUACCUAUGCUGGGGGAGCCUCUUGUCCGCUCCAGCUUCAGCCUACUCCUGUUGAGCAAAGACAGGACAAGCACCAGAACUUUUCCUGUAGCACACAACUAUUUAUUCAGGAUUUUAAAAAAAAGUCAUCUCAGUAGGAAAACAAGAGACAAGACAAAAAUAGCCACAGACAAGUGAAGAAAAAGGAGGGGGGUUUCAACCUUUCCCAUUAAAUACAAGUUGUUACCACA